AGUGAGAAAUGAAGGCCCAAGUAGGAGGUGGCGUGGUUUACGUUGGGCCAGUUCGUAUCAGAAAAUCAGAAAAAAUAAUGAGAAAACGGCGUUGAGUUGAGUUGUGAGAGGAAGAGUGAAGAAGGUGAGAAGCGUCAACGCUGAAUUGUGAAGAUGAAGAGCAUAAACGACGACGGUUCCACGCAAGAUCUCGACCCUCAGAGCGACCACAGCUCCGAUUACUUAACUCACCCAAACUCUAACCCCCAACCUCACCCUCACCCGCGCCGUCCGCGGGGUUUCGCGGCGGCGGCGGCGGUCACUACCAAUUCCGUCGCCAAGGGAAAGAAGGAGAGAGAGAAGGAGAAGGAGCGAACCAAGCUCCGGGAGCGACAUCGCCGGGCCAUCACCAGUCGCAUGCUCGCUGGCCUCCGCCAGUACGGCAAUUUCCCCCUGCCCGCGCGUGCAGACAUGAACGACGUACUCGCCGCGCUCGCGCGUGAGGCUGGUUGGGUUGUUGACGCCGAUGGAACCACCUAUCGCCAGUGUCCCCCUCCCUCUCACAUGGGGUCAUUUGCGGCUAAAUCAGUCGAAAGUCAACUCUCUGGUGGUUCUUUGAGGAAUUGUUCUGUUAAGGAAACGAUUGAGAAUCAGACAUCUGUGCUUAGAAUUGAUGAAUGCUUGUCGCCUGCAUCCAUUGAUUCUGUUGUAAUUGCAGAAAGGGACUCAAAGAACGAGAAAUAUACAAAUGCAAGCCCCAUCAAUACUGUUGACUGCUUGGAGGCUGAUCAGCUUAUGCAAGAUAUUCAUUCUGGGGUGCACGAAAAUGAUUUUACUGGCACACCAUAUGUUCCUGUUUAUGUAAAGCUUCCGGCUGGUAUUAUUAACAAAUUUUGCCAGUUGAUUGAUCCUGAAGGCAUUAAGCAGGAGCUAAUGCAUAUGAAGUCUUUAAAUGUAGAUGGUGUUGUUGUGGAUUGUUGGUGGGGCAUUGUUGAAGGCUGGAGCCCGCAGAAAUAUGUGUGGUCUGGCUAUAGGGAGCUUUUUAACAUCGUUAGAAAAUUCAAACUUAAGUUACAGGUUGUUAUGGCUUUUCAUGAAUGUGGAGGGAAUGAUUCUAGUGAUGCAUUGAUUUCCCUCCCACAAUGGGUUUUGGAUAUUGGAAAAGACAACCAGGAUAUAUUCUUCACAGAUCGUGAAGGACGGAGAAAUACUGAAUGCCUUUCUUGGGGGAUUGACAAAGAACGAGUUCUCAAAGGAAGAACUGGAAUUGAGGUCUAUUUCGAUAUGAUGAGAAGCUUUCGGACAGAGUUUGAUGACCUGUUUGCAGAAGGUCUGAUUUCUGCUGUUGAAGUUGGCCUUGGGGCAUCCGGAGAGCUGAAAUAUCCUUCUUUCUCAGAAAGAAUGGGAUGGAGGUAUCCUGGUAUCGGUGAGUUUCAGUGCUAUGAUAAAUACCUGCAACAUAGUCUGCGGAGAGCAGCCAAAUUACGUGGUCAUUCUUUCUGGGCUAGAGGACCUGAUAAUGCUGGACAUUACAAUUCUAUGCCGCAUGAAACUGGAUUCUUUUGUGAGCGAGGUGAUUAUGACAAUUACUAUGGACGAUUCUUCUUACAUUGGUACUCCCAGACAUUAAUAGACCAUGCAGAUAAUGUUUUGUCUCUUGCAACCCUUGCUUUCGAGGAGACAAAAAUAAUUGUCAAGGUUCCUGCUGUAUACUGGUGGUACAAGACUCCUAGUCAUGCGGCAGAGUUGACAGCAGGAUAUCACAACCCAACAAAUCAGGAUGGGUACUUUCCUGUGUUUGAGGUUUUAAGAAAACAUGCUGUCACCAUGAAAUUCGUCUGCUUAGGGUUUCAUCUUUCCAGCCAGGAAGCUAACGAAUCAUUGAUUGAUCCUGAGGGUCUGAGUUGGCAGGUGUUAAACUCAGCUUGGGAUCGUGGGUUGAUGGCUGGUGGAGAGAAUGCACUCCUCUGCUACGAUAGAGAAGGGUACAAGAGAUUGGUUGACACGGCAAAGCCGAGAAAUGAUCCUGAUCAUCGACAUUUUUCAUUCUUUGUUUACCAGCAACCAUCUUUGCUGCAGGCUAAUGUUUGCUUGUCCGAUUUGGAUUUCUUCGUUAAAUGCAUGCAUGGUGAGAUGACGGAUCUGUAAUGGCUGCAAAUUGUAAAGUUUUAACUGUAGGUCAUUUCGUGGGGGUAAAUGAUCAUCGCAAUGCCAUUUGUAACAAUGUCAUCUACAUAUAAUAAUAUUCGUAGAAUCGUUGCCUACAAGAAGUGGCCUAGUCGUCAAGCAACGCCUAUUUAAGGCAUUCCAACAUAUAAUCUUUCUAACCGAUUAAAAUAGGCAAUUAUAAAAUGUGAUUAUGGAUGGCAAUGUUUGCUAGCGAUAAUAAAAAGCAUUUUAGUCUA